AUGCAACCAACCACUCUGCGCAUGAACCCUUCAAGGUGGUCAGCCAGAGACGGAAUCCAAAACAUCCGAGAACUGGGAAGCAUGUACUUAAAUGUGGGUUAUAGGGCGGUGCAUAUCUUCAGAACCUCAUGGCCUCUCGAGCGUAGAGCCCCACCGUGGCCGCAGCCCGUUGCACCCACGAUCUUGAUUGGCGCUGGCUCCGCCAUAGGAACACGUCUGCCGGUUUCAUUAACGCUUGGUUUGACACUUUUGGUCUGCAUUGCGCUCCAAGCACACGCGGACGGUGAUAGUACUGUUGCAGUGACGCCUGCCACUGCAGCAGCCAACAGCAUAAGCGCAGCGACGAAGGUAGACGACUCUAAACAGGUUUCGGAUGCGGAUGCGGCGAAGCCGGCUGCGGGAGCUGUUACGUCGGCUACUGCUUCCGGGACGGGCGAGCAGCAGGUUGGAGCAGGAGAGGAGGCCGAUAAGCCUGCUGAGACUAAGGCAGCUGAAACUGAAUCACCGAAAGAUGAAGCCACGAAGGCAGAGCCCGUGAAGGAGGAGACGACGGAUGCUGGGGAAGACAAGGAGGUUGUAACUGCCAAGUCGACUGAAGACAAGCCAGCGGCUGGCACCACAAAGCGACAGAAAGUGACACCCUACGAGAGCAAGGUCAUUGAUUUCGCCCCGGCUGCGAACAUCACGUUCGGCGAUGACAUCGACGAUGAAGGCAAGUGUGCGAAGGAGAUCGAGAUCUAUUGCGAUGACGUCGACGAGGGCGAGGGUAAACUUGCCGACUGCAUCAGUGAGCAAAUUGCUGCGACGGAGGUGCCCGAAAGCACAGAUGAUGUGCCGGAAAUCUCUGACGAGUGUCGCGAGGAGGUCUAUGCCUUCAAGGUUCACCGCAACAGCAACAUCAAUGCUAAUGUGCCCCUUGCCAAGGCGUGCAAAGUAGACGCGGAUAAGUUCUGCAAUGUGACUUGGUUCUUCGGCUACAAGUCGGGUCAGGUUAUUGCCUGUCUACGCGAUAUGAAAGCUCAGGUGUCUAAGCCCUGCAAACAGCAGCUGUUUAAAGUCAUGCUGGAGGCUGCAGUGGAUAUUCAGGCGGAUCCCAUGCUGUACGAGGCUUGCAAGGAGGAUUCGGAGAACCUUUGCAAGGGCGUUAAGAAUGGCGGCGGCCGGAUUCAAGCCUGCUUGCGCGACAAGCGGAUGCAGUUGUCUUGGGCAUGUGAGGAGCAGCUUUUCCGCCAGGAGAUGGAGAAUGCGGAUGAUAUCCGGCUCAGUUUCUGCAAGGACAUCGAACCUGGGAACGCACGCACGAAAGAUUGUCUUGAGGAGAACCGUGAGCAGCUGUCAAGUGCUUGCAAGGAAGAGGUGGACUCGAUGAUCGAGCGUCGUGUACGCGACUUCCGGCUGGACUCUCGUCUGCGCAAUGUCUGCGAGAAUGAAAUCUUCAAUAUGUGUGCAUAUUUCGGGGAUUUGGACGAUAUGGAUACGUAUGACUCAUCUGUCAUCAACUGCUUGCAAGACUACGCGGAUGAAAUAAAGAACGCGCAGUGUAAGUCACAGGUUAAGAAGUACCUGCAGUUGGCAUCUCAGGAUAUACGUUUCGAUGUUCCCUUGGCGGAAGCUUGUUUCGAGGACCGGCAGAAAUUUUGCGCGGAUGUUCCACCGGGAUCUGCUCGUGUCAUCCGCUGCCUCAGCAACAAUCGUGAACGAUUGAGCCCAGUAUGCCGUGCGACACUUUUUGAUGAGGAGGUUCGGUUCUCCGAGAACAUUGAUUUCCAGUACCCAAUGAAGACGGCCUGCGUGAAGGAGAUCGAGCGCUUCUGCAAAGACGUGCCGCACGGCAGCGCUCGUGUCAUUCGCUGCUUACAAGACAACAAGGCCGAGAAGGACUUCGGUAAGGCCUGCAAUGAUGAGGUCAGCGCCUACGAGGCAGAAAUCUCGAAGGACUACCGCUUCAACUACCGUCUGCACAAGGCGUGCCAGAAGGAGGUCGACAAGCUUUGCCCGGGUCUUUGUCAGAAUAACGAUGGCAGCCCUUGCGGUGGCAAAGUGUUGCGAUGCUUGACUGACAAGAUUGAAGACAUCGGGGACGAGGCCUGCAAGAAAGAAGUUUACUACUACGAGAAGAUGGAGGUUUCGAACUUUAUGAACGACAUUUUGCUUGCCGAGGCAUGCCGUACGGACGUGGAGUUGCACUGCAGUAAGGUGGAGCCAGGCGAGGGCCGUGUCCAUAAGUGUCUGCGCGACAACCGCAAGAAGCUUACGGAUGCGUGCCGGCGUGAAGAGCUGCUGCUAGAGGAGAAAGAGGCUAAUUCGAUCGAGCUAAACAUGUCCCUUUUGAAGGCUUGCAAGGCGGAGCGCCAACUGUUCUGCUCCGCCGUGCAGCCAGGGCAGGCCCGCGUUUUCCGCUGCCUGGCGGAGAACAUGAACGAUGCGGACUUCGGCAGCAGCUGCAAGUACCAGGUAGUUUACAAGCUGCAACGCAGGCAAGCUAACUGGAAGCUGGACCCGCCUCUUCGGAAGGCGUGCAAGGCAGAUGUCCUCACAUACUGCGCCAAUGAGGACGCUGCUAACAGCGAGGAGGGCCUGGUAUACAAGUGUAUGAUAAAGAAUUAUGAGGCCCUCUCGGACGGUUGCCAGAAGGAAGUUGGUCGAGCAGUGCAUAUGGCAUUUUUUGUGUGGCAGCGCGGUGCCAUUAUUACUAGCGAGUGCGACGACGACAUCGACAAGCUCUGCUUGGCUGACCGCCCGAAUAUGGCUGCUCGUCCGGGCGCUGUGGGAACCUGCCUUGCAACAUUGCUCGAGCGGCAAGAUCGUGCCUCGGCUCGCUUGCUCCAAGCGACUACGAGCGAUGCUGCCCUGACACCGGCAUGCGCGCGACUGGCGGACAUAGCGGAGCCACCCAACAUGAAGGCGGCUUUCGAGUCGUCUCUGACUUUUGCAUUGCUAAAGGAUCAGCUCGAGGCAAUUGAGGUCGCAACCGGCCUGCCCACGCUUACACGCGAUCGCCUCGGAAAUCCGCAGGGUGUCAGUCUGACUGGAUCUAUGGCGAUGAUGGGCGUGACUGCACUCGUCGUUCUGAUCAUAUACGGCGUGUAUGCAGGGUACAGGCGGCUGCGGGGCGGGAACGACAGGGACUAUACGCUAGUCGUGAAGCAGCAGCAUAAGUAGUGGUCUGUCAAGGCUGUAAAGCUGCUAAGUAUUCUGUCUAGAAAUGCGCUUGACGCUAGGUGUGACUAUGGUAUGACGGUUGGGGACGGGGCAAGGAGCCGGAUAUAAUUAUUCGGAGAUUAACAUAUCUGGCCAUGGUUCUGAGAUGAAGGUGCGGGUUUUACCGCCUGAACCAGGUUUCGCCGUGAUUUUCGACUCAUAUGACUGUCAAUGAUUACGCGUGUUACUCAAGCCUACAACAGGGGCGCGUACCCCGCGCGUUGCAGGGGCGCGUACCCCGCGCGUUGCAGGGGCGUGGCUCUUCCAUGUCAAAUUUAGUUUAAUGUGUAAACAAACGCAUUAGCAAAUCAAUGCAUUAGUGGAGUUGACAAUUAAGUGCUUACGUUCGCCAUCAAUGGCACGUUAUGUAAGGUCCAAUGUCC